AAGUCUGAGUUUAAGCGAGGUGCGGCAGCAGCAGCACUGCAAUCUCAGCUUGAACUGCAUUCCUGACCUACGACGCCCUCCUAGGAUUUCCUUCUCCUUCAAGGACAGCACGUCCUGACGGCUGUGUCCAUCUCCUUGAUUCCUGACGAUUUAUCGUGCACCAAUUUGGUCCUCUCACUCGGAUUCUCCUCCUGCAUCAUCAGCAGAGAGUCGACUUAUAGAUCUGCUAGAACAUCGGGGAUCCGAGCCCACCGGAUCUACUGACUGCACUCGGUUGACGCACAGAUUGACGAACAUUGCUUCCUCACAUUUGCACAACGUGUCAGAUGCGGAAGAUGGGCGAGAAUAUCUACUUGAUCUGGUUGCUCACCCAUUUCACCUUCAGCUGCGUCUUCUUCUGCGCAGUCAUCUUUCAAUUUCAGCUGGAAUCGGACGGACUGCAGCAAUUGGGCAAGAGCGACGCCGGGGUCUUCAGCAACUUGUACAGCGUUGAUGUUCCUUCCUUCGGACUGGACUCAAUCUGGAACCAGGGAAUCUGCGGGGAUGAUGUCAACGGAACGUAUUCGCACAUCGCUCGACGGAUUCUGGGCCCCGAGUUUCCAGUGCCAUGAGAUCUGAGCUCCGCAUACCAUCGUAUAGAUCAGGCUUGUCACGGAGCCAGCAGCAGAAGCGUUGUGUCGGUGCAUGAAAACCACAGCGCAUUUGGGCACUUUGUACGCCUGCUGCAGUGAAAUUGCGAGCAACGAUCCUGCCAGUGGUCUGAUCAGAUGAUCUGCUCACAAGCAAUCACAAACGCCCUCCAGAUCUUCAAAGCCGGAUGAUUCUCCAUCAAAAACACCUUCCAAAUCUCUCGAAGUCACCUCACGGUCUCCAGUUGGUUGGCAGUUUUCGAGUGGUGGCUCCUGUUUCCGUGCCGGAGGCCAUUCUUUUGCAGAACGUCUGAUUCAUUGCUAAUACUUACAUGAAAGCACAGACAUUGUACAUGUCGAUACCAGAUAACAAGAAGCUUUCAGAUCUAGCUUUCAGACGUAAGUUUCUACAGAGCCGAAGAGAAAUUCUUCUUCAAUUUUGAAGCAGUUCUCAUUCCAUCUGCAGCAGUGACCUGAAUCUCGCAAAAUUGUGCAAAUUUGGAGUGGAGACUUGAGAGGAAUUUUGACGAGGAUGCAAUUAGGAAAGACAGAUCGUAGAUUACGGAUCUUAGAAAUUACAAGGAUUCAUCCAACGCGCAUGAAUCAUCGUGCUCGUGACGAGCGAGACGGACUGCUGGUAACGACUGUAAUACUGUAUUUGGGCAUCAUCCUCCUCGAGCGGAAAGUUGCUCGACAGUGGACAGAAGUAGCAUUCGCAAGAUUCUGCUGUAGCUGAAAAUUGUGAGGACAAGUUACAGCAGUAGAGAAUAAGAAGGAACUGAUCACUCUGUGGCGUACUU